AUGACAAAGCUUUUUGACAACAAGAUAAAUGAGUUAAACCUCUACUUUACCAUUACUGCUGCGUUGUCCAAAAGAAUAUCACAAGAAACACUCGACAAGGCUAAAGGCAAGAGUACUACUUCGUUAGGCGACGUUUUAUUCGAGUUCUUGUGUAACAAGCCACCUUACCAUUAUUGGUUGAGAAAGAAAGACGUAACUUCUAGAAAGGUCAAAGUUGUAACCGAAGUACGAAACAUUCCUAAAGGAUAUAGAGUCUAUGCAACUACUGACAGAGAAUAUGCAUUCGAAAAUAUCAAACACAGGGACUUACUCAAGUGUUUUGCCAUGACUGUGGAAAACAUCUGUAUUAUUAUGUCCUAUACGCCUACAGAUGAAGAAGUAAUAUCCUUCGCUACAUUGGUCUACAUGUGUACUCUAUCUGAUUAUAGAGAAUCAGUGACGAGCAUCGAACCCAAUCCUCUACCUAGCAAACUGCCAUUGAAUUACUUCACUGUAGCUAAUUUGUGUGGAGUCCCUAUAGCGAGCAAAGCAUUCGCCAGGUCAGAAUGUAUGAUAAGUACUAUGUCGCCUCCUGUAGCAGUAGCUUUGGGUAACCUGACUAGGAUAAUUAAUACUCAAUAUUCUCAGGUCUUUAAAAUUCUCGAAGAAGAAUUCCAACCUCAAACGGACGUUUUAAGAUCAUGUGAUGGGAGGACUAUGGCUAUAUUAGAAAAGAAUUCCACACCCUUCGUUUACUCGUUUUCUUUGUCGGAUACGAUGAAAGUCUUUAGAGUAUGCAAAGAUAGAGUACCUCAGUUCGGGGCACUCUACGUCUAUGACGGUUAUGACAAAGACACCGGGUAUUUAGUGAAAGAGAGUGGUUUUAGCAUGAGAGUGAAACGAAGCAGUAAACCACUAAGAGCUAUAGUGCGUUUGAACGACAUGAGAGAAUUUACAAGGCGAAUGGGUGAUGACUCAGUUACCGACGAUGGUACUACUUUCACUGAAGGAGUUUAUUUCUCGGAUGGUAUUAGAGCUUUCGGUACGGGUAUCACAGUCGAGAGGAUUAGAGACCUAUACAAGAACUACGUAGGAAAAAAGCUGUCAUCCGAUGAAUCCGGGUCUUCAUCCGACUCGCUAUUCGACUCUGUGGAAGAGGAAGAAAGAGGAGACGAAGAAGAGGAACAAGACGAAUCCGAGGAUACGGACGACUCGGGUGACGAUACCGAUGAUGAUAGAUCCGACAGUACUGAUGAAACUGAUGAUGACGACGAUAACGAGGAUGACGAUGACGAUGAAGAUAAUGACGACUUAGAUGAACUAGAUGAACUAGACGAAGCGGAAGACGACGAGGAAGAUGAAGACUCUGAUGACACAGAAGAUGACUGUGACAGAUAUCCGUCAGAUGAACGGUCUUCUCCUUCCGUAAACAAGGACGAGUCUACGAUCGCGUGA